UGUUUUCUAACCUGUCAGCAAGUUACGCUUUUCAUUACAGUGUCAAAAUCAAUUGUUGUAUUUUUUUUAUAAAUUUAAUAACAGUAGUUAUUAUUGUUGAUACUUUUAAUAUUUAAUUUUAAAAAAAAAACUUGAAAAAUGUCUGAACGAAAAGUAUUGAACAAAUACUAUCCACCUGAUUUCGAUCCUUCAAAAAUCCCUCGUAUGAAAUUGGCUCGAAAUCGCCAAUAUACUGUUCGGUUAAUGGCACCUUUCAACAUGAGAUGCAAGACGUGUGGAGAAUAUAUUUAUAAAGGAAAAAAGUUUAACGCAAGAAAAGAAGACGUCGAGGGAGAUGAUUAUCUAGGAAUAAGAAUUUAUCGAUUUUAUAUAAAAUGCACGAGAUGUUUACAGGAAAUAUCUUUUAAAACUGAUCCUCAAAAUACUGAUUACGAGAUUGAAGCAGGAGCCACGAGAAAUUUUAUGGCUUUGAAACUUGCUGAGGAGCAAGCCCAAAGAGAAGAAGAUGAAAAGCUUGAAGAAGAAGCAACCAAUCCAAUGAAGUUAUUGGAAAAAAGAACACAGCAAUCAAAACAAGAAUUAGAAUUAUUAGAAUCUUUAGAAGAGUUAAAAGAUUUAAACAGGCGACAACAAACGAUUGAUUAUGAUCAAAUGUUGGAACAAUAUGACACUCAGGCUGCUAAACAAAGAACCUUGAAAGAACAGGAAGAAUUAGAUGAACAAUAUGUGAAAUCUAUUUUCAAAAAAAGACAAUUGAAGGGAACAGUUGUUGAAGAGGAGGUUGUAGUACUACCUGAGGAAUGUGAAAAGCCUCCUGAGAAACUUAGAAAAGUAGAAGAUAAUUCCGAUUAUGUUGAAAGUACAGAAACUACACAAUCAAAGCCUUCAUCAUGGUCACAAUCAUGGUCAACUUCAACCACAUCAAGCUUAUUAAAAAAGAAAUCAACAUUUGGAGUUAAAAUUUCAGUAGGAACUUCUAACGAAAAAUUAUCAGAAACAACGACUUCGAAUUCAACAGAAUUAAAUAAAUCUGACAGCAAAAAUUUAGAUAAUAAAGAAUCAAGCGUUGAAUCUACAAAUGAACCAGAAGAACCAGUUAAAAGUGAAAAAAGUGAACAACAAAGUGGUUUAUCUUUAUUGGGUGCUUAUUCGAGUAGCAGUAGUGAUGAAGAAGGUUAAUGAUGAUUAUUGAUAGAUGAAUUAGAUUACAAAGUAAAUAAAUUUAUAUCAUGCAUUUGUAUUUUGAAUAUAAUUCUUGACAGUUUAAUUCAGUGAGAAUAGUUAUAAAAUACAAUGAUUGUAAAUAUUAAUAUAACUCAAAAAGAAUCGAAGCAUUUUAAUAUAAAUAUCAAAGUGUUCAAAGACCAAAAAUUUUU